GGCGCCCAUCGGCUUGUCCUCUUUCUUACUCCAACACCGUUCAGCCAAGCUCACGACGCAAUUCCUAUUUCGCGCUCUGCAGCAUUGAGCCAACAUGCAUUCGGCCCUCAGUAUUCUCGCGCAGGUCGCUCUUUCUUCGCUUGCUUUCGGGCCAUCCCUUGCGCACGCUGUCUCCAUCGUCCAACGCGCGAGCACGUGUAAUGGCCACUCCGAGCUAUGUGAUCGUAGCUUCGGAAACGUCACAUUCGUUGGCGCCCAUGAUUCUUACGCCGUAGGCACAAACAACCUUGCCGUCAACCAGGACUAUGAUGUUACCCAGCAACUUGACGAUGGCAUCCGUAUGCUCCAAAUGCAAGCUCACAACGACAGUGGCAUCAUACAACUGUGCCAUACAAGUUGUCUGCUUUACAAUGGGGGCACCCUGCAAGACUACCUUGGAAAAGUAAAAACGUGGAUGGACACAAACACAAACGAUGUGGUGUCGCUACUCAUCGUAAACUCGGAUGGUUUCUCCCCAUCUGACUUCGCUGCCGUCUUUGAGGCUGCGGGGCUGUCCAACAUCUCAUACUCCCCGUCUUCCUCAGCCAUCGCAGCAAGUGACUGGCCGACACUCGGUAACAUGAUUGAUUCCGGAACACGCCUAGUCACGUUUCUGGACCAUGGCGCGGACUUCAACAGCGUGACCUACUUGAUUGAUGAGUUCACAAACAUAUGGGAAACCGCUUUCGAUGUUACCGACACGACCUUUGAUUGCAACGUCAACCGCUCCUCAGGAGACACUUCCACCGAGAUGUACCUCAUCAACCACUUCCUCGAUAAGGAGGUCCUUGGUAGCCCGGCUCCUGACGUUGACAACGCGAAUACUACCAAUGGUGUUUCUGGCACGGGUUCUCUAGGAGAACAGGCAUUGGAUACUUGCGUAGCCACGAACGGCAGGUAUCCCAACUUCAUGCUGGUUGAUUUCUACGAGUACGGCGGCGGAUCUGUCUUCCAGGUGGCUGCUACAGCAAACGGCGUAACAUACGAGCCGUCAACUCCCAUCGCAACGCCCAAGUCGCAGACCUCAUCGACGUCUUCAUCCGGCAGUAGCAGUAGCGGUGGCGUCCCAACUUCGACAAUACCGUGGAAGCUAGGUGGUUUGUCCGCUUUCACGAUUUUGGGAGGGAUGCUCUUCAGCGCAUGGACUAUACUCUGAGCUUUUCGGACCGCCUACCCUCUUUUCAUAUGCUAAGAUCCGCAUAAUCUCCUCCUGCUACGUGUAACAUAGCAUAACAACACGGACGAUGAAUACAUCA